GGGCAGGGGCGGUGCGAGGGCCGGGCCGGGGCGGUGCUGCCCGGCGGGGAGCGGGGAGCUCGGGGCAGCCGCUGCCGCAGCCAUGGCCGAGGGCUCGGAGAAGGUACCCAUCGCCCGAGCGGGGCCCGAAGACGUGGAGCAGGGCCUGCCGCCUGCGUACAUGGCAGCGGUGCCCCCUCCAGGGCCAGGGCGGCUGCUGAAGGCAGGGGCCACGGUGCUCAUCGCUGGGGCCCUUCUGCUGCUGGCUGGGGCCAUUGGUGCCUUCUACUUCUGGAAAGCCACCGAGCGGCAGGUGUACAAUGUUCACUAUACCAUGAGCAUUAAUGGAAAAGUGCAAGACGGAUCGAUGGAAAUAGAUGCCGGAAACAACUUAGAGACAUUCAAAACAGGAAGUGGGAGUGAAGAAGCUGUUGAAGUUCAUGAUUUUCAGAUUGGCAUCACUGGCAUCCGAUUUGCUGGAGGAGAAAAGUGUUACAUCAAGGCCCAGCCCAAAGCUCGCGUGCCCGAGGUGGAUGCCAUGACCAAGGCCAGCCUCUCCUCUGAACUGGAAGAUGAAAUCAUGCCUGUUAGAUUUGACGAAAACUCUCUUAUCUGGGUGGCUGCAGAUGAGCCCAUCAAGCACAACGGUUUCCUAAGCCAGAAAAUUUUAGAGCUUUGUGGGGACCUUCCAAUUUUCUGGCUUCGACCUACAUAUCCCAAAGAUAAGCAACGAGAAAGGAGAGAAAUGAAGAGAAAUAAACGCCAGUCCGAGUCAAACUUUGAUGCAGAAGACAUAGCAGCUGCUGCUGAGGAAGUGAACACCAGGUCCACACCCACCCAGCUGACUCGAGAGCUCGGCCCCGAGUCAAAUGAAACCAGGCCAAUGCAGCAGGAAAGCGAUCAAACACUUAACCCAGACAACCCAUACAAUCAACUGGAAGGCGAAGGGAUGGCUUUUGACCCCAUGCUGGAUCACCUAGGCGUGUGCUGCAUCGAGUGCAGGAGAAGCUACACGCAGUGCCAGAGGAUCUGCGAGCCUCUGCUGGGCUACUACCCGUGGCCAUACAACUACCAGGGCUGCCGCACCGCCUGCCGCAUCAUCAUGCCCUGCAGCUGGUGGGUCGCUCGCAUCAUGGGCGUUGUGUGAGAAGGCUCUGGGUUCCUGGAGGAAGCGAGCAGGAGCCUGACCACGCCAAACUGAUGAAAGACUACGACCAAAGCGGCGUCACCAACCCUGGCUCUUAAAUCCGAACGCGUGUUACUGUGCUAAAAGCAAGGUCAGGUAUUCUCAGUGUAAAUAAACUCUUAAAUUAA